UAGAGGGAAAGAAUUCAUCACCUCAAUAGUGCUCUCUCUCAACACUUCAAUUUUCUUUAAAGAAGAAUUGUUACAACCUUGUAAUAUUACCUCAUAGUGUCGACAUGGUUUGUCUCAAGGAUCCAUUGGUUAAAAAAAUCUGUGAGUUUUACGAGAAAAUUUCUAGGCUAGACAGCCUCGAACCCUCCGAAGAUGUCAACACGCUGCUCACAGAGCUCGUUCUCACGUGCAUGCCACCGUAUCAAAUUGAUUGCACAAAAUUGUGCAAGAAAAUUCAAGAAAUUAGGUCCGAACUCAUUAGACUUUGUGGAGAAGCAGAAGGGCUCCUUGAAAAACACUAUUCAACUAUCUUAGGAUCAUUUGAUAAUCCUAUCGAGCAUCUCGACAUCUUUCCCUAUUUCUCGAAUUACCUUAAACUAAGCCUACUCGAAUUCAACAUCCUUAGCCAACACAUCAAGGAUGUCCCAAGUCGUGUUGCGUUCGUGGGAUCAGGUCCCCUACCCCUUACCUCUAUCGUAUUGGCCUCGAAUCACAUGACUUCCACCACUUUCCACAACUACGACAUCGACUCAUCGGCCAAUUCCAUGGCGUCCCGCCUCAUGAAAUCCGAUCUCGACUUAUCCAAACGAAUGAUAUUCCAUACUACGGAUAUCAUGAAUGUUACAAGUGCUCUCAAGGACUAUGACGUCGUUUUCUUGGCAGCCCUUGUUGGUAUGAACAAGGAUGAAAAGGUUCGAGUACUGGAGCAUUUGAACAAACACAUGGCUCCGGGGGCGCUUUUGAUGCUUAGAAGCGCCCACGGCGCGCGUGCUUUUUUAUAUCCGGUCGUUGAUCCUUGUGAUCUCCAAGGAUUCGAGGUUCUUUCAGUGUUUCAUCCGACAGACGAGGUUAUCAAUUCUGUGGUCAUUGCUCGUAAGUCUCCAUUUUCUAUGAAUUCAUCAAUCGAUCACGGAUUUGGGCCAUUAAUGCUUUGCAGCAAAUGUGCUGAGAUUCAAGUUUUCAAUCCCCUAAGCCAGAUGACAAUGAUUGAGGAAUUGGUAGCCGAGGAGCAUCAUUGUUGAAGAGUCUUCACUCUCUAGAUCUCUUUCACUAUAUUUAUAUCUGACACAGAACUUAAUUUGAAUCCUUUCAUUGUUUUCCAUAUAUUGUUGCAUGCUAAUACACUAGCAAAAUGAAUGCAUUUGUGAUUUUUUUUUC